UAAUUAUGCCAUUUGCUUCUUUCUUCUUCCUUAUAAAAAGGAGGUUUCUUUCGUCUUUCUUUAACUGAGCCUUGUGAAUUCUAUAUCAUUUGCAUGACGAAAUCCAUGAAACGAUCAAGAUCAAGAUCAAGUAGUCAAGAACAGGACGAAGAUGUAAAAUCAAUAGAGAACAUAGAAGAUUUCAUUCAUAUUGAAGAAGAGCAAGAACAAGUAGUAGUUUGAAUUGAUGUUGCUUGAAUUGACUAACAGUGGCUUAGGAUGCAAAAGAAACGGACUAUCACAGAUAUAAGCGCAAAAGACAGUUGUUCAUGACAGACAUUGAAGACAAACUAGAGUUAAUAUUAAGCGGCAUUUUUCAACUAAGCCAGGAUCUUCAGCGUGUGACUCAAGACACAAGCAUUCUAAAAGACGAAAUAAAAGAUAUCAAGACUCGGCUUGCAGGAAAUCACCAAAAAGAGAAACCCGAUACCAUAAAACAAGAAUUACAAGCUGCAUCAACAGGGCCUUUCCCUGCGUACAAACCUAUAGAUCGCAUCAUGCCUCGACCCUCACCAAAAGAAACAACCUUGUUUUCCGACAAAAUCAAAGGAGAAAAAAAGAUUCACAGCCUUCAAUUUACAAGUAGUCUCUAUAUAGAUUUGAUACAGAAAGCACUAGGCGCAGAAUCAGAAACAGGUUUAGACUACAAAGCUAUGGUUAAAGAAGCUGUGCUGGUGACAAAAGCUGUAAUUUCGCAUCUGAAAGAACUUUAUCAUAUUAAUUCAACACUUAAAUGGAGUCGGGUAGAUCCAACUGUCAAGCUAGAAGCCUAUAGGCAAUUAGAGGAAGCAACUCAACAUCUCUUGCCUCUCAAACUGUGCUCUGAAUUCUGGGGCGCACAUGUUCUAUUAAGUAAUUUCUGGCUCAAGAGGAAAAAAUUGGAAAAGGUCAAAGAAGAAUCGACAGAUAGUAGAACACCAGAAGAGUCGAGUCAAAACAACGAUAGAAAUCCAUUUAGCAUCUCCUUUUUAACAAACCAACAACAAACUUAAAUGUUUUUAAUAUCAAUAAACUCUUUACGUAAUUGUCUAAGUCGAUACUUUUCUUUUUUCACUUGAUCUGAAUCUGCCCGAGGGCGGUCUAAUAAUUUCUUGUAGUGAGCUGUUCGAAGGACUUUGCCUGCUCCUAACGGAAUAACAAACUGUUGGCUUUCUGUUGAAGGAACAUUAGACACUUGUUCCAGACAAGUCUUGUAUAACUGUGCUUUAAUCAAAGAUGAAGACCAAAGCUCACGAAAAUGGCGCUGUGUUCUAACAGGU